AUGAAGAUUCUACUUUUAUUUAUAACAGCAGUAAUUGCAUUUGAUUGCUCGAAAUUAACUAAAUAUGAUUUUCAAAGUAUUAAAGGUAUUCAAUCAUUUAAAAUUUCAAAUGAAACACCACCAUCAGAAACAGAAUUUGAAUUAAGUAUAGGAUUUUGUCAACAAGUUAAAACAGAUUUAUGUGAAGGAGAUGCAUGUGGUAUUCAAACAGUUAAAAAUGGUAAAGAUAGUAUAGUUUCAGAAGUUAUUAGUUUCAAAGAUCCAAAAAUUGAAGAAGAUGAUCAUUUGAAAUUAACUUAUGAUUCAAAAUGGGGAGAUAAAACUAUACCAGCAGUUUUUAAUUUUAAAUGUAAUAAGAAUGCAAAUGAUUUUAAAUUAUAUAAUCUAGAAUGGAAUGAACAAACAGUUACUUUUAGCUUAGAACAUAAAGCUGCAUGUAUUUUCAAAGUUGAAGAUUCAUGGGGAUGGUUUACUUGGAUUUUUAUUUUCCUUGUAUUAAUAAUUUCAUUUUAUGUUGUUAUUGGUGCUUGGUUUCAAUUAAGAAAAGGUAAUGCAAUUGAUUUCCAAUCAGCUUUAAAAGAAGUCGUUCAAAAUUUUAUUGAUUUAUUAAGAGCACUUCCAAGUUUUGGUAGAGAAAUUAUUGAAAAAAUAUCAGGUGGUAAUAGAGGUGAAUAUUCAGCUGUAUAA